AUUAGUGAAGGUCUUGAGUCUUAUUUGAUCGUUGUCUCCUAUCGGUAAAAUAUAAGUACCGAGGCAGCAAAAUUUUGGAUAAUACCAUGGCAGGAAGAUUUGAAAUUCUCAAGUUUCUGGCGCCGGUCCUAUUGUCUCUGUUGGCCUUAGCUAUCCUAAAAUCGGACCUCAACGUAUCGGCAGAAAGUAAUUUGAGGGAUGUCAAUUACGGCACUGGAUACCGAAAUCAGAGAAGCGAUGUCAUCGAAGAGAGAUUUGGUUCACGUGACGGACACGGACACCACACUAAACAUCGCCCAUCGUUGCUAGCUAAACUCAAGCGGCCCAAAUCCGGCUAUGAUGCCCCCAAAUCGCAAUACAAACCGUCCAAACCUCAUCGACCAUCAAAGGCACACCACAAACCUAAAGGCAAAUAUGGUCCCCCCAAGUCACAACAUCGCGCACCUGUAAAAAGUUAUGAAUCUCCGGCCUACAGUUCACCUGCAUACAGUCCUCCUGCUUAUAGUCCUCCAGCAUAUAGCCCUCCUGCAUACAGUCCUCCUUCUUACAGUCCUCCUGCAUACAGUCCUCCUGCUUACAGUCCUCCUGCUUACAGUCCACCAAAAGAAGAGUAUGGCCCCCCUAAAAAAGAGUACGGUCCACCAAAAAAAGAAUAUGACGAACCUAAAAAAGAAAACAUACCUCCGAAAACCGAGUAUAACCCACCAAAGGAAGAGUACAAAGUUCCAAUUGAGCCGGCUUACAUCCCAAAACCACUAUCAACAGCGGUAGCGAACAAAGAUUCCAGCGGAUUUUUCACCAACCCUUCGGAUGGUUUCCCGAAUUUCUUCAAACAAAUCAUGCAAGGGUAAAACAAAGCAAAAAAAAAAUCUGAGUUUGGUUUAUUAUCACUAAAAUCACAAUUAUUCGAAGUGCAAAAACCACACUUUUAUUUUAAGAUAUUUACUGAUACCUCUUAAUUUAUUCAUCCCCUACCACAUUUACUUUCAACGCAGAACAUUUCGAUUAUCUAUCACCGUUUGUUAUGACCGUUCAUUCUUUAUUUCCGUUAUUGUCAUUUGUUUAGCGCAUACAAAAGAUUCCAGUUUCAAUAAACAUGUCAACACACAAAUGUUUGUGAGUUUAAUAAAUAGAGCAAUGAAA